GCCUGUUGAUAUCAACAGAGAAUUUUAUACCCAAAUGUGGCAACAAUAAUGCUGCAAUGCUGUUCACUUGUCAGUGCUGUUUGAUUACGCAAGACUAACAUGUCAUGGUUGAUUACUGUGUUUUCUAGUCCCAAAUGCAGAAAUGCCCGUAGCACGAAGAGAUCAGAAGGUAGUGCGAUAUAUAGAUGAAGAGGGCAACCUACACGCACUCUUGCAUUGCAUGAACUGCAGAUGGGCAUCAUGGAAGGCUAUCCAAGAAAGCCAAAUACCCAUCACCAGUCUCUGAUGGACAUGGACGCCCCCGCCGCCGGCGCAACCAGCAGCAGCGCCACCCAUGCACCGCCGGCGCCUCACCAUGCCACCGCGAAGAAGAGGCACCACUCCGGCCGCACCAAGACCCUCCUCCUCUUCGUCGUCACAAACUCCAUCUCCAUCCUCCUGUCCGUCACCUUCUCGCGCGUCACCGGCCUUGGGACCGGUGGCAGCGGCGGCGACUCCGCACUCGACUUCGCGUUCAGCGUCCUCUCCUCCAGCCAGAGCCUCGCCGUCGACCUCCACAAUCGCGUCGAGGCCACCGACGCGAUCAUCAAGAGGCUCAUCUCCAACUCCGGAAAGAUGAAGCGGGACGCGCUGCCGCCGAAGCUGACGCCGGACGAGGAGCUCACGGUCGCGCUCGGCCCGCACACGCUCCCGUUCGGCUACACCCCGAACCUCGACUCCGACAAGCUGUAUCCGGCGAUCGGCGCGGCGUGCCACCGCCACCGCGACGAGCUCAACAAGUACAUGCGGUACAACGUGACCGGCGACUGCCCGCCCGACGCGGCGCUCGCGGAGCGUCUGAUGCUCAGGGGAUGCGAGCCGCUGCCGAGGCGCCGGUGCCGCGCGCGCGGGCCAGCCGGGUUCCCGGACCCGACGCCGUUCCCGGAGAGCCUGUGGGUGGUCCCGCCGGACAAGUCCGUCUCGUGGGCGCCCUACGCGUGCAAGAACUACUCGUGCCUCGUGGACAGCGCCCGCCGCCGCCCGGGGAGCCACAGCCACCACCACGGCUGCGAGGCGUGCUUCGACCUCGCCGCCGGCAAGGAGCAGCGGCGGUGGGUCGGGCAGGGCGGGGACCUCGACUACGACAUCGACACCGUGCUGGCCUCCAAGCCGCGAGGCACGGUACGGAUCGGCCUCGACAUCGGCGGCGGCACGGGCACGUUCGCGGCGCGCAUGGCGGAGCGCGGGGUCACCGUGGUGACCACGACCCUCGACCUCGGCUCGCCGUUCGGCUCGUUCGUGGCGUCCCGCGGGCUCAUCCCGCUCCACCUCAGCGCCGUCGCCGGGCGGCUCCCGUUCUUCGACGGCACCCUGGACAUCGUGCACUCAAUGCACGUGCUCAGCAACAGGGUCCCCCGCGCGGUGCUUGAGGCCGAGCUGUACGACAUCUACCGCGUGCUCCGGCCGGGCGGGAUAUUCUGGCUGGACCACUUCUUCUGCACCGGGAAGGAGCUGACCGAGGUCUACGUCCCCAUCAUCGAGGGUGUGGGGUUCCGCAAGCUCCGGUGGAACACCGGCAAGAAGCUGGACAAGGGGCCCAACGCCGACGAGUGGUACAUCUCGGCUCUGCUGGAGAGGCCCAUGAUGUGACAGUGCAAAGAGACCCAGAGCCGGAGCAGUGCGAUGAUGAUGUUGUUAAUGGGAACUGGGAAGAAGUAAUAAUGGCAGAUGCGAUUUUAUGUGUUAUAACUUUGUUCUUGAUGUUUCUUGAUUUCUUGGGUGUCAGGCAUCCUCUUUCAUCGAUGCAAAGUUUGGAAUCUUGGAAGAUUCAGAACCGCAUCGGUAGCCUUUGACUCUGCGCUGGUACGCUUCAUUGUGUAUUGACACUUGACAGUAUGGUGUAUGGUGGCGAACUGGCGAUCAUCUACACUCUACGAUGAUGGUUGUUUUCCUUAAUAACUGAAAAUAGACCGUGUUUUCACCGUA